CAAAGGUUAAGUCAAGAGACGUACUACCUUUACGGCGCUUACUAUGACAGUCGGCCUAAAGUCGGGCCGGCAGUCAGGAUUCUGGGGGUCCGAGAAAAGGCCGGACUCAACUACUCCACUGAAAUUUACUGCCAAAUGUGGUUCUCAUAUGGCCAAAACCCCAUCAUAGUCAAGGUGGACUACAUCCAAUACCUAUUUCGCGACGAGUGGGGCUCUCACGAUGAGGAGCAGAAACCGUACAUGCUGAGUUGCAUGGUGCCCCCAGAAUAUCAAGGCUCCGUGCCCGACUCGGUCUCCUUGGUCGAAAGUCCAUGCGAAAACGCAACAAAUAACCUGCGCGUUAUCAACAACCGAGCAAAGGGCGAAAAAGAGGACUUUUUCGUUUGUGUCAAAUGUCUCAAUUUUAAAUACACUCCUGAGAUUGCCGUCAGGCUCGUCGAGUGGAUUGAACUAUUGAAGAUUCUCGGUGCAAAUAAAAUUGUUUUUUAUGCCUUACAGAUAAAUCCUGACAUCUCCAAAGUUUUGAAGCAUUAUAAAGAAACGUGGAAUAUCGAGGUGAUCCAAACCUCUUUACCAGGGACUCUGCCCAACGUUCCUGAAUUCAUGUACGCUUAUCUCUCACAAAGAGUCGAACAGCAGUGUUUCCAGGAGCUGAUCGACUACAAUGACUGUUACUACCAAAAUUUCAAUCUUUACAAUUAUGCAGUGCUGAUCGACAUUGAUGAAGUCAUUUUGCCCGGAGGGUCGCUAAGGACGUGGAAAGAAAUGCUCAAGAAAGUGCCAAUUUCGAAGGGACAGAAACCGAGUGACGUGCAAACUUUCUCGGCGCGCAACGUCUUCUUCAUGGACGACAAGGAGCGGUUCCCUGACUGGAACGACGACAUCCCUCGCUACAUGCAUAUGUUGCAGCACGUACAUCGGAUGGCUUACUAUAGUCACAUCUCGAUUCGCGCCAAGUCGUUCCACUCGACGCGAUAUGCCCUAGCGCUGCAUAACCACUUUGGCCGGACGUGCAUCUCGCCGGAAGGGAAACUAUUGGACUGGUGCGAGGGAAGCGUGAUCCCCGUCGAGUUAGGCUACCUGCACCACUACUGUGUCAAGAGAUCUAAAGAAGAAUGCACUUUUGGCAGAGGGCCAAAUUCUACUGUAGACAAUAACAUUUGGAAGUACAAAGACGAGUUAAUUGCUGCCACAAAACACGUGUUAACCAGUGUGGGGAUUUUGUAGUGCUUUGUUAGCUGUAUAAAUACUUUAGUGUAGCAGGUUGAUUUAAAAUAGGUAAAAUAGGAAACAAGAUUUAAAGCUGUAGGUUUUUAACAGCAUUAACAAUUUAUGUUAAGGUUAUUGACCAUCUUUGAUUAAUCGUUUUGGUAAAUUAUGUUGAUUAAAAAUUAAUAAAAAAAGUUAAAGAUGUUGCCUCCUUCAUAACUUUUAUAAGCUUGUCAUUUUACUAAAUUUUUUGUGCCGAGUUUAAUUAGUCCCUUCUUUGGUUUUUGCGGUUUUUGCAAAUAAAUUCAUAGAAACUACCCUCUCUUUAAUUCAAAUGCGAUUAUCUUUUAUUUACAUUUUCACGGAAG